CUGAGUUAGGCGCUAGUGGUACGGCAUCCUAGAGACGAACAGCGGUUUCACAGACGAAGUAGCGGCAGACAACUCUAGGGCUAUCGCCGACCACAAGCGCCAUGAGCCAGCGACAGGUCCUGCAAGUGUUUGAGCAGUAUCAGAGGGCCAGAACCCAGUUUGUUCAAGCUGUUGCAGAGCUUGCCACAAGACCCCAAAACAUCGAAACGUUACAGAAUGCAGGCGUUAUGGCUUUGCUGCGGCCUCUUCUCUUGGACGUGGUCCCAACUAUCCAGCAGACCUCUGCUUUGGCUCUCGGGAGGCUAGCCAAUUAUAAUGAUGAUCUGGCAGAAGCGGUUGUUAAAGGAGACAUUCUUCCCCAGCUUGUGUAUUCUCUGGAAGAACAGAACCGUUUCUACAAAAAAGCAGCAGCAUUUGUGCUGCGCGCGGUUGCAAAGCACUCGGCUAAGUUAGCCCAGUCAAUAGUGGAUUGUGGGGCGGUGGAUGCGCUGGUGAAAUGCCUCGAAGACUUUGACCCGGGUGUGAAGGAGGCCGCGGUCUGGGCUCUUGGCUAUAUUGCAAGACACAAUGCAGAACUGUCACAAGCGGUGGUGGACGCCGGAGCUGUCCCUCUCUUAGUACUCAGUAUCCAGGAGCCAGAAAUUGCUCUCAAAAGGAUUGCUGCUUCAGCCCUGAGCGAUCUAUCAAAGCAUUCUCCGGAGCUAGCCCAGACCGUGGUGGAUGCAGGGGCGAUCGCCCACUUGGCUCAGAUGAUCCUCAAUCCAGAUGCCAAACUCAAGCGACAGGUACUUUCGGCGCUAAGCCAGAUCGCGAAGCAUUCUGUGGAUUUGGCGGAGAUGGUGGUCGAGGCUGAGAUAUUCCCCGUCGUGUUAACGUGCCUGAAAGACUCCGACGAAUACGUAAAGAAAAAUUCAGCAACUCUAAUCCGAGAAAUUGCACGGCACACACCAGAGCUGUCGCAGCUCAUAGUGAAUACCGGAGGAGUGGCCGCAGUCAUCGACUACGUUGGGAAUACCUCGGGCAACGUGAGGCUUCCUGGGAUCAUGAUGCUGGGCUAUGUGGCCGCUCAUUCCGAGAACCUUGCGAUGGCUGUCAUCAUUUCCAAGGGGGUGCCACAAUUAGCCAUCUGCCUGUCAGAGGAAGCCGAAGAUCACAUUAAAGCAGCUGCCGCCUGGUCCCUGGGCCAGAUCGGGAGACACACUCCUGAGCACGCGCGUGCGGUCGCCGUCGCAAACGUCUUACCCAAACUGCUUUCCCUCUACAUGGACACGGACAGCUCGGAGGACCUGCAAGUCAAGGCAAAAAAGGCCCUAAAAAACAUCCUGCAGAAGUGUACCCACCUGCCGGCCCUCGAACCGCUGCUGCAUGACGCGCCGCCCAAUAUUCUCAAGCACGUCGUCGGGCAAUUCAGCAAGGUUCUUCCACAUGAUAGCAAAGCAAGACGUCUAUUCGUAACGAGUGGUGGACUUAAAAAGAUUCAAGAAAUUACAGCGGAUCCUGGCUCACCUCUCCAAGAAUACAUCAAUACGAUCAAUAAUUGCUACCCAGAAGAAAUCGUCAGGUAUUAUUCUCCCGGAUAUUCACAGACGCUUCUGGAGAGAGUGGACCAUUACCAGCCAGUCUUCUAACCCGCUUCACCAUCGUGAUGUAAACGUUUCAUUGCACUCUCUGGAUAAUUACUUCAUGUGGACUAUAACUGGAAAAUAAAAUUAAAUGAACAAAUCCACCUUUUUUAUAUAGAUUAAUUUAGUGUACACUUGGAUGAUCUUCUUUGGUAGCCUAUUUUAGAUUUAAAUUAUAGGUAAAAACAAAUUCUACUGCAUUUCAUCCAAAACAAAUGGCUUCUUAUUUCCACAUCUGAGAAUAUACAUUAUAUAUUUUAAAGGAAAAUAAACGGGCUUCAGUAGU